CUUUCUAUACUAAAACAGCUGUAGAACAGGAUUCCAACAUCUUCGUCGCUGUCUGUAGCUAUUCUUUUAGGAAAAGCAACGUCCCAUAAUGGCUCGGCCCAACGAAAUGUUUGCGUCGGAGGUCCAAGUUAUGAAAGCGUUAUUCCAGGACUUUAGCAAGCGAAAUGACAUCGAUGCAGUAGCAGCUGUAGACCAGGACGUGCAGGACAUUGGCGUAACAUGCUCGGCAAGGGAGGCGGAUAUCCGCCAAAUCAUCAAAGAGCUCUCCAAGGAGGUUCAGGAGCUGGAGGCCAAGGCUGCGUAUCCGAAUCGCGAGGGACAGCACCUGGACCGUGUUGUGCAACUUAAGAGGGCAAUCGAUAUUGCGAAGGGCCUCGCCGAGGAGAUGUCCUCCGAAACCAGAUCGACCGAGGAGAGGUACCAGCAACUGGGAAGCGAGUUAAAAGCAGCCAUGGCCGCGGCAGAGACGGCAGCUGUGAACUGCGACAGCGCCAUCAAGAUGAACAUGCACCUCGUCAGCCUGUACGCCCACAUCUCCAACAUCGUCUGGCGCGAGGACCUGCCGGAGCUCGUCAAGGGCAACGUGUCGGACUGCAAGAAGGUGGACAUCCGCAGCUUCGAGUUCGACCCGCGCACCACCAGCAAGUUUGACAUCUGCAACGGGCUGUGGGAGCUCAUGUAGUGCAGAGCAGGGGCGCGGGGUCAUGGGCAUGGGGAGGGGUAGAUGGGAAAAAGCUCGAGAGGGAAGGAACGAAUGCGUACAGCGUGAACGGAACGCGCCA